AUGAAGGCAUCAUCAAUUUGCGUGGCUUUUGGGGUUGCGGCCAGUGCCAGCAGCCUGCGGUUAUCGCCUCGUAUAGAUGAAGCCACCGAGUUCACUCUUACUUUUGCUGUGCCGACUAUUGAAACAGCCAAUGGGACGAACCGGUUCAUGCAUAAGAGACAACUCGCGACGUCCGAUUUCCAAGAUGUUGUGCGGCCGAAUGUGGACACCUUAUACUCCAUGUCCAUUCUCGAUUUGACGCACCACGACCUUCUGGUGGAUGUCCCGGUCGUCAAUGACCGGUAUUGGGUCUUUCCCUUCUACGACGCGUAUGCCAACAACUAUGUCAAUUUGGGAAGUGUACACAACAGCACUGCUGGGAAGUAUCUCGUACGAUAUACGACCGACAGCAAGCCCGGUGUUGAGCUCUGUACGGAAUUGGUCAAGCAAAAAAAGAUAAGUUCAGGCGAAUGCCAUGGUGCAGAGGGCAUAGUUACCGCACCCACACCAUAUGGUAUCUUGCUCCCACGAUAUGCUGUCAAGGGCACCAACGGGGAUCUGGAAAAGAUCCAUGCUUUCCAAGAUAAGAGUAACAUACGACGAAUCCCCAAGCACUCCCGCUCAAGACACGAGGGCCAUCGUCAAGCACCAUUAACCAUUCCCCUGCUGAACUCAUCCAUCUCAUCGGAUCCCGCCACCAAGAUCAUGCAAUUGACAGCCCGCAUCACCCCCAACAACCCGCCACGCAAUAUCUCGGAUCUCAACCGAGUCAAUCGCAUGCUGGAGAGGGCAGGGAUCAAUUUCCACGAGGGAACCUACGAGCCGCCCACUGGUCAGAACCUGACCCGGGCCUACGCCGCUUCACUCGCCAACAUGGCCAAGGCCGCCAAACAGCCCGCGAACCUAGUCUCUCUCGGACACGAGUGGGUCCAAACGAGCUCGCAAGCGCAAGGCGACUACGGCGAGAACUAUCUCAUGCGACAAUUCAUCGCGUACAGGGGGUACCUAGCGUUGACGGCCUCCGAGGCUCUCUACCCGUCGUAUAGUUCUGACAAGGGCGGACGAACGAUGCAUCUCGGGCCCAAGGAGGCGUAUCUCUUCCGGUUCCCCAGCAAGCCCGAGCUCGCCGAGUUUGGAUUCUGGAGCUUGACGGCCUACAAUGCGAAGCAGUUUCUCGUGGAGAACCCGCUCAAUCGGUAUGCGCUGAGCGACCGGUCCAAUUUGACCUAUCCCGAUGGCGAGCGCGUCUAUGGGGGUCAGCAGGGCGAGCAAAAGGACGGCAGCUUUGAGAUCCUGCUCCAGCCGGCAGAUGUGGAGCCACCGAAGAAUUGGACUUCCAACUGGCUGCCAGCUCCCCGGGGCGGCGGGGAUUUUUCGCUCACGCUUCGAUUCUAUGCGCCGAGUGAGGGGUUGCGGGGUGGAGAGUGGGCGUAUCCGGUGGUGCAGAAGACGGCAGCCAUGGUGGGCUGA